ACAACUAAUAAGAUCAUAUAUAGGAUUGGUAACCGAAGAUAGCAUUCCCUUCAAUGUUCUAAAUUCACAGAAUAUGAGAAACAUACUUGAUCCAAUUUGUGAAGGUCUAAAAACAGCAGAAGGAAAAAUGAUGAAAUUAAACGCAGUAAACUGUAAAAAUACAUUGGAAAUAGUGGCAAAUAAUAUAAGAACACAUAUAACAGCUGAACUUAAAAACACGUUAUUAUCUUUGAAAAUAGACAGUGCAACGCGUAUGUCCAGAAAUAUUUUUGGAAUAAGUGCACAGUAUAUAAAUUCGGCUCAAAUAAAAUCUAUAAUAUUAGGAAUGAUUGAGUUGAAAGGUGCAGGAUCACGUGGAGCCAAAAAUCUUGCAGCCGAAGUGAUCAAAGUGCUUAAUAAAUAUAAUAUAAAUUUAAAUCAAAUCGUAUCUAUUACUUCUGACAACGGGGCAAAUAUGCUUCAGGCAACUAAUAUUAUAUUUUGUCAUUUGUGUCUGAACAAAAUAAUGAAGAGAACGAUUACGAGUGCACCAACGACGAUUAUUUGGAUAAAAUAGACUUAAUAGAAAAAAUUCCCAAAGUUUUAAUAGGAAAUAUUGAAGUUUGUCGUUGUGCUGCACACAGCACAGCUGGUUGCCCUCGAUUUAAAUAAAUCAUUGGACAUAAUUAAAUACCUACUUAAUUGUAGGAAUAUGACUAAAUAUAUUAGAAAACCAUCGAAUGGAUACCGCGAAAUAUUUGAGCUUAAAAAAUUAAAAGUGUCACAAUUAGACUGUCCAACAAGAUGGGGAUCCACGUACAUAAUGUUAAAAAACUUGUUGGAAGCGAAAGAUAUUUUAAGUAAAAUUGAGUCACUUAAAAACAGAAUGGAUGAAGAGAAUUUUGAUGUAGAUGCCUCGUUUUGGGAUUUUAUUGAAACAUAUUGUAAUGUUUUUAGUCCCUUGCAAAAAUCUAUACAAAGAUUCCAAGAGGAGCAACUACAUUAUAGUAAUUCUUACGCACAAUGGCUUAAACUAAAAAUAUUGACCGAAAAAAUAGUCAAUGAUUCAAGUCACAAUUUAACAAAAACUAUUGGAAAUAAAAUUUUAAAUUCAAUAGAAACACGAACAAAAACAUUGUUAAAUAAUAAAUUUGUUGUUUCAUGCUUGUUUUUGGAUCCCCUCUUUCAACAUAUAUUGUCUCCGCAACAAAAAACCGACGCAAUAAAUCAUUUAAAAUCCAUUUGGGACAGACUAUAUAGUCUGAACCCUACUGGCAAUAUGUGUUCAACUCCCAACUCUAGCUUCAAUCAAAUAGACAACUUCUUUUUUGACGAGGAAGACGAAAUGUUAGAGGCCUAUUUAUCGCAAGGCGUUCAAUCAAAAGUAAAUAGUUCAAUAGACGUGUACACAAAAAUUGAAAAUCUACAACUUGCAUAUCAAAGAUUUGACAUAGACGUGCUAUCUUACUGGAAAGGAAAGCAGUAUACUGACCAGGAGUUAUACGCAGUUAGUAACGUUUGUUAUGUCGUACCGCCAACUCAGGUGUCGAUUGAACGAGCAUUCUCCACUCUGAGGGUGUUGCUUACCGACUACCGCAAUCGAUUAAGCCAGGAUGUUCUUGAGAACAUAUUGCUAGUCAAAUUAAAUCCCACCUUUUUGGACAUGGCCAUUGAUACUUUGCACUUUUUGAAAACGAAGAACUUACUCUUAGUGGGGUAUAAAAUAAGUAAAAUAAUAGUUAUAACAGAAAGCAAUGAAAAUUUAUUUAUGUAUCAUUUUUCAAAAUUCAUAUACUAUUAG